UUGUCUACAAGGCUUUAGUCAAUUAUUAUAUUUUUUCUACAGUAGUAUACUAAAAACAUGUAGUGAGAUUGUUACACUUUUUUUUUUAAUAUGAAAUCAAGGUGGACCAGUAAAGACUAUAGACAAGAAAUUUUAAAUCAUGGUUAUUUCUGCUCAUUGUACAUCUAUAAUGCAAAUAAUUCUGCCAUUUUACACAUUAUCACAUAUCAUCUAAUAUUUUGCUUUACCAAGCCAUAAAAGUGUGAAACUGUGGGCUGUUUAUUGGUGACAGGCUGCUUAGGUAGGAUUGAAACUGUGUGAAAAUAUCUAUGAAGAUACUUAAAUGAACAGAGCAAAUCCAGUCCACUGUAGUAGCACAUCUGUGGCUACACACAAUCAAGAAUUCACCGCCAGGAUUCCAAAGUCUCGCAUCAACCAGACUGAGUCUCAGGAAUCAGGGUCACCAAACUUCUACAAAGUGGUCAUUGUGUGUCUAGCGUUGUUUUUUGGCAUUCUGCUGGCUGGUCUUAUAGCUCUAACUUUCAAAUAUAGAACAGACACUGUCCAUUUAAAGACCGACUAUGACCAGUGUAUUGAUGACCAGGACUAUCUGAACAGACGUUACUACAAUCUGACUAUAGAGAGAGACCAGCUGCAGGCUAAUGAAAAAGUCCAAACUAAAAAAGUACAGACUUUAGAACAGCUUCUUCUAAUUGGUUGUUUCACAGGGUAUAGCAACUUUUCCUCUCAUCUUUAUUGUGCCUCUGCUGUGAUGCUGACGUGGAAUGAGAGCAGACACAGCUGUGCUGAGAGAGGAGCUUAUCUUGUGAUCAUAAAUAGUUCAGAGGAGCAGGAAUUUGUGUCUAAUUUUGAAAUGAAUGUAUGGAUUGGCCUUAGUGAAUAUGCUGAGGGAGUGUGGAAAUGGGUGGACAACACUGAACUCAUCCAAGGGUACUGGAUAACAGGAGAACCUAAUCAUUUGAUGGAUGAAGAUUGUGUGGAGAUUCAACCUGACUGGUCAAGUCAAGGAAACUGGAAUGAUUUUCCAUGUGAAGAAAAAAAACAUUACAUAUGUGAAUAUGAAUAUGAAAUGCUUAAUUUUUAAGCUAUGGAAGCAUUAUACAGAAUGAUUAUUCUGAUUCUCUUAUGAUAUGCUUAAUUAGGAUGAUUAUGCCUCAUUUUAAUCUGAUAAUUAACCGAGACAACAUUCAAAAUCAUGAAUCAUUAAUUUAAAAUUAUAUGAACAUUUUUGUAAGUGAUUCUGUUUUAUACAUGAAUAAAAAUUAUUCACACAAAAUCAUAACAUCUUACCUGCUA